AUGGAUGUCACCAAGAGCAACGUCGAGGGAAGACAACUCCUCACUUUGGCUUCAAUUCUCCCUGCAGUGCGACCGGCUCUAGUGGCUUUUGGGGCAUCUCAUGGCGGGCAGCCCCGCUGGACCAUGGCGCUGCACGCGUUUUACCCCAAAGUCCUGUCCCCGGCUUCUCAACUUGGCUCUAGAGCGUCCUUCGGAGGGUCUCGAGACGCCAGCCCGCGUGCGCUCCACGCUCCACCGCCCCAGGGUCGGCCCAAUGGCGAUGGACGGGCUGGUCCAGAGCCGGAUCCAGAGGGCCUGAGCCAGCGCGAGCCAGCGCGAGCCAAACCGAGCCACUGCCACCCCCCCAGCCAGCGCGGUACCGGUACCUUGUACUGUCCUGUAGUGGUUGCGCCUCAGCACCUCCAGCGGACGCAAGGCUCUGGGACCCCCCCGAAGCAACGUCCGGUUCGGUCCUAUCGCUGCUGUCCCGUGCCUGGAAACUCCAUCGUCUCCCCAUCUUCAUCUGCACUGCUUCUCCAGCACCUGCUGCGAACCGGCGUCAUCAUCGCUGCUGCGAACCGGAAACCCUGGACCUCGGCCUUUGCUCGCCUCUCUCUCCUCCUCGCAUCCUCUUCCUCUUCUUCCUCCUCCGGUGCCUUUUGUCUUUGUCUGUGUUCUCGCUCCCCUCCCGGCGAAUCUGCGACUCGAUGCGUAGGUGCUGGGCUGGAUGAUGCCAUGGCUGCCUUCAACUCCAUGCCGGCCAUGCCUGCUGCCCCUACGGCGCCCAACGAUGCGAUGGGGUUGAAUCACGGUCCGCCUCCGCCCAUGGGAAUGGAUUCCUUUGAUCCCGAACUCAACUUUCACGAGUCUCUACUCGACGGCAGCGCGCUGGCACCUCUACCGUUCACGCCUUCGUACGAGUUCGACAACUUCGUCACCACCUUUGAAGAUCCUUUUUCUUAUUCGUCUCGCCCGUUCGAGCCCAUCACCAACCAGGAUGCCGCGAACGACGAGGCAUCUCCCCAGGAGCUCGACAACAAGCUCCUGGGCUUCUCUGACCCCAUCAUGCAUGCGACCAUAGUGGAUGAGGCGGGAGCGUUUGCCGACCUGAACAUGACGGCGGAGCUAUACGGCAUGUUCUUCGUCGCCGAGGAUGUGUUUGGCGGGGAGAAUUCAGGCCGUCCGCUAGAGUUGACGUGCUACCGUCGGAACCUGUGGCAAUGCUCAGGGCAAAUUACCUUGCCCCGAGCCGUGAACAACGUUAUAGAUGAACAGGGGCGCCAGACGGCCAUUACGGAGCUGUUCGCGUCCAUCACGGGCUUGGAAUCGAUCGAAGGGAAAGCCGCCGAAAUCAUCACAAUACCGUGGAAAGGCGCAAAUCCUCAGUUGGAAGAGGCCAAGAUCGCAUCUGCUCCUCCCAAUUUGACUCUUGACCUAAGCAUUGGCCGAGAGAUUGAUGCCAACAGAGUCUCUCUGCCCGUCUCCUGGAAGAGACUGCAAUUCAAGCACGCCACCGCUAACAACGGCCGGCGGAAGGGAUUGCAGCAGCAUUAUGUAGUCCAGAUCAAUCUGCUGGGCAGGACCAAGUCGGGAGAGAUUAUCAAAAUCGCCGAGGCCCAAUCCGGCCCGGUCAUUGUUCGAGGGCGAAGCCCGCGGAACUUUGACAGUAGAAAGGACGUGCACCUCACCAGUGAUAAGAAGCUGGAGAGGAGAAACACAAACAGCACGGACAAUCCCACUCCCAAGGCGGAGAGAGACAAUUUGCUGGCUUCCCUGCCAAGAUACCCAUCUUCGAAUGGAAAUGAAUGGACCACUCCGCAGGCUGCACCACAGCCCAGCCAGAGUCCGCACCCAGCGAAACGCAUGGCUCUGUCUCCUACAGUUUCUCUUCCACCGGUCCCGGCAUGGACGACAGAGAACCCCGUGGGCAAAGGCCCUCCUCCGAACCAUCGAAAUUCCUUCUCACGACCGCCCAAUCCCACGGUCCCCAUCACCCUAUCGCUAUCAGAGGACGAAAGGAGCCCCAACAGAUCAAGUGCUGAGCUGCAGAGCCCACAGCUAUCCAAAGCCUACCCGGCGAAUGGCCAAAACGCCAGCAACAGCCCGGCUGAGGAAGCGGAUCCUCUCUACGAAUACUUUCCCCUUAGUGUUGAUGACUGGAUGCCACCAGUCGAUGCUGUAUAUAGGCCGCACAUAGUCCACCACACCAUUGCGCCGCCAGAAUUCAAGGCCCAGCAGAUAGGCCGAAAGGUGAAGCGCUACUUCACCGCCGAUUAG